AUGUCAUCACUCUACAAACACCUGGGAUUCUCCGAUCCUGCCAAGCAAAUCAGAUUGCUCCGUCUGGAGCCGUCCCCAACCGGAACCGACGAAUACGCCUUCAGCUUGGAGGUUCAUGAUUUCCAAGAGAAUAGUCGGCCAUCCUACAUCGCUAUAUCUUACGCCUGGGGCUUGCCUAUCCCGAAACUUCCCGUUGUAAUCAAUGGGCUCCGGAUGCGAGUGCAAUUCAACUGCUGGUACGCGCUUUGGCAGAUGCGGCACCACGGCUAUACUAGCGACGUCAACUUCUGGAUAGACUCGCUCUGCAUAAACCAAGGCAAUGAUGAGGAGAAAGGCCACCAGGUCGCUAUGAUGGGAGAGAUAUUUUCCUCUGCCUCGUCGGUGGCUGCGAGCCUGGGAACUGGCGAAAGUCUAGGAAAUGUGCGAGAAAUCCUCAUAUCCGGCAACGAUCGAGAGAUUGGCAAGCUUCGGCACAAGUUUGAUCUACUGCCCUACUUUGAUAGGGUGUGGAUCAAACAAGAGAUCAUCCUCGCAAGAGAAAUCAAUAUUUUCUACGGACUCGAGAGCCUUUCGUGGAGUGAAUUUGAUCAUGCUGUCAACGCCGGCAAGACGAAAUUCAUCGAUUCACCGUUCAUCGAUCCCUCCCCGUUCAUCGAUUCCUCAGUUGAAGGUUCAGAUUCCAGUGCUGACUCACGCGAAUCUGGCCCGUUCAAGUAUGAUCUCGAUGAACGCGAAGAGCGGAGGAUCUUUAAACGCAAAGAGCUGGAGAGAAUUUCUAUCAGCGCACAGCUCUGCAACCACCGGUCUGAGUUGACGAAAAUAUCGACGUUCAUAGACCUGGUAGCGAGAUAUAGAACCGCGAAGGCUUCUGUGGCAGUGGACAAGAUAUACGCUCUUCUCUCUCUGCUUCCUCGGAACGACCCUAUACGACAGAAUCUCCCGGUCAUAUAUGGGCAAUCAACAUGGUUCCCUCUAUUCAGAGAUCUCACGAAGCUCUUGUAUAGUCACUACAAGAAUGAGUGUGUGGCAGACAAGCACGACGUCCUGUGUCUAGUUCGCAAUGUACUUGAAAUUCGCGGUCUUGACGAGGACGUGAUCGCCUUUUUCGAGUCUCAGGCGUGGGGUCCGUCUAAUGCUCAAUUAUUCCAUCAAGAAUCUGCGACUAUUGAAAUCUCCGGUAUGGCGGAGAUACACAAGGAAGACUCCGAAGACCUAGACCAUCGCGAGCUCAGAGUCACAGCAAGCCAAGCAGAUCCAACGGAGAUCAUCGAAAAGUUGGGUUUGUUCAAACAUACUGGCCACAAAGACCAAAGAAAUGGAACUGGAACGCACCCCAAAUUGCACAUCCCGCCGCAACUCAAGUCUUUGCGAACGCUUUACAAUUUUAAGAAACCACAAGAUUGGCACAAGUCUGCCAAAAGUACCCGAACCCCGAACCCCAUUCCCAACGAGACCUUCUUGGUCAAUUCUGACUUGCGGUGGAGACAUGCUUGUGAAACCGAACUAAGUUUGCACUACCGCGAUGCAUUGAUUCCCCUCCUUCUCAACCACCAUCCCUUCCAAUCGUUAUUGUACUUUAACACCGUGCCCAAUUCGGGAGCAAUCGACUUGUUGUCUCGAAUUCAGCCUCAAGAGUGGUUCUCUGAUUCUGAGGACAGCAGGGACAUGUAUGAAUAUUCUGUUGAUUCUCCCAACACAUAG